GUAAAGGGGUUGUAUUUAAGGCGCUGUCGCCCAGAGUCUCCCUAUCCGCCGCCAUCGCCUCCCCUGUCUGCACCUCACCGUCAAGCCAGCACUUCACCUCCAACCAGAAUGUCUUUGCCCAACUCAGAGAAUGCCUCCACCCUGGAGAACGCCAUGCAGCUGAUGAUCCAGACCUUCCACAAGUACUCUGGAAACGAGGGGGACAAAUACACGCUGAGCAGGGCUGAGCUCAAAGAGUUGCUCACCACGGAGCUCGGCACCUACCUGGGGAACGCCCAGGACAAGGAGGCUGUGGAUAAGGUCAUGAAAGACCUGGACUCCAACAACGACGGAGAGGUCGAUUUCACUGAGUUCGUCAUCUUGGUAGGCGCUCUGACCGUAGCCUGUAACGACUUCUUCCUGGAGUACAACGACAAGCCAGAGAAGAAGUGAGCGGCCGCCAUCUCCGGCUCAAAGAAAUCCCCUCUAGCAAGCACAAGAUCCCUACGCUCCAGCGGUAAAACGGCAAAAAAGGCAUCCUGUCAUAAAACUCAAGCGCAAGAAAAAAAACAACAACACAAAACCUACUUGCCUGCGCUGUAAUGCUUGCUUAUUUUGUUCUUUAUUGUAUCUUUGUAACUGUGUACAUUUUCUUUUUUCAUUACCCACAGUUCUGUUUCUUAAAAUACGUUUUGAUACACCUUCAAGCUAAAGAGUUUCUUCCCCUGGAAAGAAUAAAAAUGAAUUCCAACCGUGGAUUGUUGGCUGUGUUUUAUUACAGCACAAAAUAAGAGGAGAACAAACGAUGGACACCAGGGGGCAGCAUUAGCCCCCUAACAAUAAGACAGAGCUCCAACUGGCUUUUCCCAUAUAUUAAAGCUUUAUGUUUCUGUUGUCAGACUAGAAUGCUUAAAGCCCUGUUAAUCAUUAGUUAACAGUAACAUGCAGUGUUGUUUGGCAUUAACGUUAUUAAAGUGGUAAAAUGUUCA